CUUUAAAAAAUUUUCUUGCUUAAAGACUCUACUUGAGUAAUAAGCAAGUUUCUUAGUUUAGCUGUUAAACUUUACUAAAGUUUUUAUAGGUAACAUAUGGAAUUCAAGAGAAUGCUUAUUUAGUUAUUAUAUGAAUUAUUUACAAGCAAGUUAGAAUAAUAAUGAAACUAAUUAUUUUCUGAGUUUGUAUGUAGAAUGUAGUUUUUAAUUUAUUUAAAUAAUGGAAUAGAAAUAUUAUUAAAAUGAAUCUCUCAUAAUAUUCUCAUAAAAACACAUAAAUAUUAGCAAUACCUGAUUAAGCAAAUUCUUCUUUUUUAAAACUAGAAGAAUAGCUAUGAAAAUAUUCUUUGCUUUCAAAAAAAAGGAUAUAGUCUUUUUUUUAAGGCUAAGACCUAUCGAUGAUUUUUUAAUAAAGUUUUGUUGUAAAAACAAACAAACAAAUAAACAAACAAACUUAAUUUAUAUUUGGUUAGAAUUGAUAUAUUUUUUAAUUAUUAUUUUGUACUAAAGUAGAAAUAAAUAUCAAGUAGGUCUCAUUGAAACGUUUUAAGUUUAUUUGAUUAAAAUUAGUUGACAAAUACUUUUUUAUACUUUCAUUCAAUUUUUAUUAAUAAGUUAAUAAAUCUAGUAAAAGAAAGGAGUCUGUCUAAUUGCAUAUAUUUAUUUUGACUGGAUUUUAAAGAAGAUUUUUUUAUAAGUCACAGCCAUCAAAAAGCAAUCAAAAGCAAUAUUAAAGAAAGUUAUUAAUCUAUUAAUUUGUUAUUUAGAUUUUCAAAUUUGUUUUUAAAAAUAAUCUGUCUGAUAAAUAGAAAUAAUAAGUAUUUAAGUUAAACUAGCAUAAUAUAUAUAUGAAACUUCAUUAAAGAAAUUAGCAAAUAAGCAGGGUGUUUCCAAUGAACCCAUCUAUGACGAAUGGGAUAAAAAUUAAUGAAAGAUAAGAAUUAAACUUAUUAGAGAAAAAUAAAAUCAACUUGUUGCCAUAUCAUCUUGUUAAAAAUAGAUGUUAAAAAUAUUAAAUAAAACAACGACUUUCUUGCAUUGGCACCUCUAUAAUUUAAUUUACAGAAUUGUUUGAUUUCUGAAUAUGAAUUCGAUGAUUAUUUCGAAAACAAGUAGAGAAAAUUGAUGCAAAAAAAUUAAUCACAUGAAUAAAAUGAGGAUCCAGACAUUACUCAAUUAGAUUUCUAGAUUAAAAUAAAGAAGCAGAAUUUUUAACAAUAAAACGUGUUCAAAAAAAUAAUCCAAAUUUAGCAAUUACAGAUUUAAUAUAUGCUGUGGAAAGACCAAUAGCAAAAACAUGAGUAAGAGAAACUAAAUCAAAGUUGUGAAAAUGUUGAGUAAGCAAUAAAAAGGUAGGAACAUGACUUGAAAAAAAGCAAGCUGUAACUUAAACAAUUGAAGGAGGAAAUAAAAAUAAAAGAGAAUAUCAUCGAAGAAAUUCAGAAAACCUUAAUGGUUAAAACUUAUUUUAAAUGUAAAAUUUGUCCUAAGAUGUUCGAAAAGGAAGAGAAUCUAAAAAGCCAUCAUAAAAGAAACCAUCCUGGUAUUUUAGAAAUGCAUUAUGGAGAUCUGAAUUACAAGAUGAUAGAAAAUAUUUAAUAAUCUAAGGAGCUUAUCCAAUAGAGAAUGAAUUUUUCAAAAUAAUAUUUUGCAUAAGAGAAAAAAAGAAUAGAAGAGUCUAUCGAAGAUAAUGUUUUAUUUGAAGUUCAAAAAAAAUCAACCGAAUUUAAGCAAGAGCUUUUAGAUUUUCAUUAAAGAUUAAUAAAUAACCAUAAACACCAAAAAGAAGUUGUUGAUUAAUUUCAAUAAUAAAAUAAUAUUUUAUAACAAUAAGUCGAGUUGCUUUAUUCGGAAUUCGGUAAAAUCUAAAAUGAAAUUUAACAAGCAGAAAUAUAGUGCAUAAAUGCCUAUAUUGAAAAAGAGAAGGAGAGAAUUAGAAGAGAAUAAGAAGAGAAAGAAAGAAUUGAAAAAGAGAGAAAAGAAGAAGAAGAAAGAUAAAGGAAGAUUGAGGAAGAGCAGAAUAAAAGGAUACAUGAGUUAGAAGCUUUGAAAAAGCAAAGAGAGGCAGAUAAAAAGAAGAAAGAUAGGCAAAGAGGCUCCAUUCUUAGUGCUUAAGAUAAAACAGAAAUUAGUGAAGAGGAACAAUUAAGACUAAGAAUUUUAAAAGAAAAGUAAGAGGAAGAGGAAGAAAGGUUAAGGAUUUUAUAAGAACAAGAAUAAUAAAGAAUUGAAGAAAUUUAAAACACCAUAAAAAAAUUAAAAAAUAGCUCAAAGUCAUACUUCAAUAACUUUAAUAGAUUAGUUAAUAUCAGGAGAUAAAAUAGAUAAAACUAUACUGAGAAGGACUUCAAUGAAAUGCUUUCUACAAAGCUCUUUGAACCCUACGAUAAGAUUUUAGAAAGAUAUAAAAUACCCCUUAAAAUGUCUGAAAUCACAGUUAGAUCAACUCAAAUAACAUAGCUUGAAGAAAUAUACUUAAAAAUAACUGGAGGUGAAUCUAUAUCUAAGAGUUAACUUUCUUCUUAAACUUAAAUUGGUGAAGAUAAGCUAGUUUAGAGAAGAAUAUAGAAAAAUAUGGAUUUUAAGAGAUAUAAGUAAGAGCAAGAAGAGGUUAUAGAAGAAGAGCAAGAAGCUCAAGAAAAAGAAUAUGAAGAUAAUGGCAAGAGAUCUGCUUUCUCUAAAAGCAAAAUGAAUCCUUUGUUUAAGCCAUAGAAAUAAUUUUACCCAUAUUUUAAGCAACCCAUAAUAAAUCCUAAGCUUAAUGCUCUCGAAUUUAGAAAAGAAAAGGAUGUUUAACACGCAUUAAGUAAUGUAGAUACAUCAGAUUUAUUUUUCGCUAUUGGUAUCACUCCUAUUUAAAAACCUCGUAUUAUAGGAGAAAAAAUAGAUCCUAAAAAAAACCUAAACCAAAAUAUUCAGCUACAAGAUUAGAAUCCACUAAAAAUAGACAGUCUUAAUUGAAAGCCUUCAAUCUUACCUACCUAAUUCGAAAUUAAAAAUAUUAUUAACAAAUUACUUAUAAAAUAGAUAAAUUAAAUGUUUUUAUUUAUUUGUUCUUCAUUUUUUUUAUUUAUUUAGUCUUAUCCCAAUUUAAUAGAAAAGAUACAUUAACAA